AUGGCCGGAGCAAUGAAGUUGGCAUGUUUGGUCUUGGCCUGCAUGAUCGUGGCCGGGCCAAUCACAGCGAAUGCUUUGACCUGUGGCGUUGUUUUCAGCACCUUAUCACCGUGCCGCUUCUACAUGAGCAACGGUGGUCCACUUCCCCCAGCGUGCUGCGCCGGCAUUAGGAAACUUAGAGCCAUGGCCCGUACGACGACAGACCGUAGACAAGCUUGUACUUGCAUUACACAAGCCGUUAAAGCCUUCAACUCCAAGGGUUCCCGUGCAGCUGCACUUCCGAGUAAAUGCGGAAUUAAUCUUCCUUACAAAUUCAGCUCCGCGACCAACUGCAAGAAUGUGGCAUGA